AUGUACCCAUUUAAACAAAAAAUUGGCGAUGUUAUUUGUGUCAACUGUGACUCAACGUGUGCCGAUUGUGACACUACAAAUGGUAACUGUAAAAAGUGUUCAACAGCAAAUUGGGUUGUUACAGAACCAAUGUCGAUACAAUGCGAAAUGUGUUCCACUUUUGAUUCGAAUUGCGUGACGUGUUCUGUUGACUCAAGUCGUGUUUGUACAACAUGUAAAAGCGGUCUUCGUCCAAACACAACAAGUGGGAAGUGUGUUGGGUGUGGGUUGCACUGUGCAUCUGGUGCGUGUGACCCAACGAGUGGGAUUUGCAACCAGUGUGAUACAAAUUACGUGUUUCAAAGCACAAAGACUGACCAAUGUGAGAGCUGUUCGACAUUUGACGCCAAUUGCAUCACAUGCGCAUCAGACUCAACUAGGAAGUGCAAACAAUGCAACACGGGGUAUUACCCAAAGACAUUUGAUGACUACAUGUGCCAGAGCUGUGAUGCAACAUGUGGUGGAAAGUGCGAUACAACAACAGGAGUAUGUGCUGGAGAGAGUGCAAUGUGUGAUAGUGGGAUGUAUCCAAACACAAACGGGAUAUGCACUCUGUGUGACGCAACAUGCAAUGGGCAAUGCAACACGUCAACUGGUGUCUGCACAAGCUGUAUUACAAACAACGUCUUCACUGAUCCACCAGGCAAAGUGUGUGUUGCCUGCAAUUCAUUUGACACAAAUUGCAUCACCUGUUCACCAAACUUUUCAAGGAAGUGCAAAGUGUGUGCAAUUGGGUUCUAUCCCGAUGAAACAUCUGGCAAAUGUGUUGCAUGUUUUACGAUACCAAAUUGCAACGCAUGUUCAUCCGAUGCAAAGAAGUGUUUGACAUGCAAAGAUCCGUUUAUCCAGAAGAGUGGUGGUUGUGAAAGCUGUCCAAUUGGCGAAUACAAGUUCAGCGAAACAACAUGCUCAAAGUGUUACAACACAAUCGACAAUUGCAACACAUGUGAUACAAUCGCUGUUGGCAAAGCAAGAUGUAACUUGUGCAUUUCCCCUUACGUUUUGAAUGACACAAAAUGUGAAUUGUGCCAACCAAAUAAAUAUUAUGACAACACAACAGGCACCCCAAGUUGUGUUAAGAACAAUAUUAACUGUGACAUAUUACAAAACAAAGAAAGUUGUCUGGACUGCAGUGACACUUUCUUUGUUUCCAACUCACAAUGUGUUUCAUCUGGUAGUUGUGAAUCACUGACUUUAACUUCGUGUGACUGUUCAGACCAAAUAUCAAUCAACUCAAAAUGUACAGCUAAAAUGGAUCGCUGUAAAUACCAGAAAUCAGAGAAGGGCAUUUCGACGUGUAUUACAUGUGAUGAUGAUAAUAUUCUGAACAACGGUGGUGUGUGUGAACAACAGAGUGUGUAUGGGUUGGUGAGAAAUGGAGUUGCUUUUGGUUGUAAAGCAGGAACGUAUUUGACAAAACAAAACACGUGUGACAGUUGUGGUGUAUCAAAUGCAGUUUGUUCAACUCAAAACAAAUAUUUGACAUGUGGCGAUUCAACAAUACUUGAUGUACAACAGAUGGCGUGCACUACCGAUACACAAUGCAACUCGGUUGUCGAUGGGCUGUGUGUGCAAUGCAAAGAAAAUGACAUGGAAAUUAGCAAAGGAAAGUGUUCGAAAUGCGAGACUGAAAACUGUGAUAUCUGUGUUGGAGGAACGUGUCAAAUAUGCAAAGUGAAUUACUUGAUGUACAGCACUAAUCGGUGUGUAAACAAGGAACAAGUCAACUGUAAACGCACAAGUCAGAGUGGGUGUGCGCAAUGUGAGGCUGGGUAUUACCAAGUUGACACAAAGAACAUUGAAGGCAAGUACGACUUCUGCACAAAAGCGGAUGUUGAGUUGCACUGCAAAUACUACUCACUCAACACCACAAAAUGCAUUGAGUGCCAAGACGCAUUCAACAUGAAAGAUGGUGUGUGUGCUGAACAAUUUGAUGAUCUCAAUAAAGUCAACGAAACAAAGACGUCAGUGUACAACAUGAAAAGUGCACUGAAAACACAAGAAGAAGUCGACUGUUUGACACGAAACAACAAAGGAUGCCAGCGAUGUCCAAAUGGGUAUUACCUGAACAAAAACAGUUGUGAGAAGUGUUUGAAUGACUGUCUGAGUUGCUACAAUGCAACAUAUUGCACCACAUGUAACAGUGGGUACUUUCUUGACUUGUCUAUGAAAUGCCAAACACUUGGUGGAUUGGCCAAAAAGUGUGAAGUGACAUUACCCGCUGGUGGCGGAUGUGCUAUUUGCAAAGUUGGGUAUUACAAAGUCGAGAAAGAUUGUGAUGCAUGUGACGAGUCGUGUGAUAUGUGUUUGAAGAAAGAUGAGUGUUUGUCAUGUAAAGAUGGGUACUUCAAAAUUCAAAGUGAAUCAAACAAAUUAUGUUCAUCAAACACAACACUCUCAAACUGUUUACAAUCAAAUCUCGUGGGGUGUUUACUUUGUAAUGAGUCUUAUUAUUUACAAAAUGGACGUUGUUUCUCAUGCAAAGAGAGUUGUGCGACCUGUGUAAAUAGUGAAGAGUGUUUAUCCUGUGGAGUCGAUGAAGUUUUAGUGAAAGGAAGUUGUGUCGAUUAUCGCACGGUAUCACAUUGUACAUCAGCAGACAACUCGAAGUGUACUUCAUGUGAAGGGAGUAACAAAGUUACAGAUGAUGGUGAGAGUUGUGUUUCUAAGACGAAUUAUGGAAUAGUUAUUGGUAUACCUGUAGCCAUCUUUAUCUUCUUCAUAAUCAUUAUCGCAUUGAUAUUAGUAGUUGUCUACCUCCUCAUAUUAAGUCGAAAAGAGAAGAAGAAAAUGAAAAACAUCUGUGUCUUUGAAAUGAAGCGAUCGAACAUUGAAAUGGUUCAAAUCAAUUCAGUUCUAUCUUCAAAUAAGAAGUUGAUUAAAUUCAAUUUAGAGGAUGACUCUGCUAUUCCAGUAGAUUCAGAGACCCGCGACUUAAUAUGUAUUGGAAACACCACAAAACACAACAUGAAAGUCCAAUUUAGUGUAUUAGAAGGGUGUGACCACUAUGAAAUACGAACGGUGCCUACUUUAAUUACUUUAAAAAGAGGAGAAGCUUGUGAAUUUGAGAUAUUCAUCAAGCCGUUGUGUUCAUGUCAUUUAAAAGAAGACAUUAUGGUCAUUGCACUUGACAUAGAAACUGGUGUACAAUAUAACGAGAAGAUCAAAGUCGAGACGUCCACUGCGAACUCCACAAAAUUGGAUUAUCAUGAGUUGAUCGAUGAGAAGAAGCUUGGUGAAGGCUCUUUUGGUAUCGUUUACAAAGGAAAAUACCACGAAAAGACAGUGGCGAUCAAGAAGAUGAAGAAUGCACAAGCGACAAAGAGUGCAAUAGAGGAGUUUACAAAGGAAGUUGCCAUGUUGGACAAAUUUAGAAGUGAUUACAUCAUCCACUUCUAUGGAGCGUGUUACAUACCAAGUCAUGUGUGUAUGGUCACUGAAUUUGCGGAACAUGGAAGUUUGGCUGAUAUGUUUAAUAAAGAGAAACAAAUAGCAGACAAGAUGAAGGUGAAGAUCAUCUUAGAUGCUACUUAUGGCAUCAAAUAUUUACACGAAAAUGGCAUCUUACACAGAGACAUCAAACCAGAUAAUAUUCUUGUUAUCACGUUGGAAGAGAACAUCAAGGCUAAUGGCAAAUUGACAGAUUUCGGGUCAUCUAGAAACGUCAAUCAAAUGAUGACUAACAUGACUUUCACAAAAGGUAUCGGUACUCCUAAGUAUAUGGCUCCUGAAGUCUUGAACAAACAACACUAUAAGAUGUCGUCUGAUGUGUAUUCUUUAGGAGUCACGUUUUAUGAAGCACUUAUAUGGGGUGAAGCAUUCCCAAAACAAAGGUUCAAUUUUGCUUGGAGUAUCGCAGACUUUGUAACAAGUGGAAAAAGACUGGAAUGCCUUGAUAAUAUGAACCAAGACGCUUACAACAUUAUUUCAAAGAUGUGGGAAAAUAAAGCUGAUAAGAGAAUUAAUAUUGAAAAAGUAGCAGAACAACUCCAGACGCUUCUUGAUUCGUUUUAA